GGGUUAUAUUCAGGUCUGUCAUUAUCCCAGCGUGAAGGAGGGGAAGUGCAGAGGUAUAAGAACUCCCGCUGGCGCAGCCUGCUUCAGCUGGGCAGCGCGUUUCGGGGCGCUGCGUGCCGCGCCACCUAACAGCUGCUCGCUGCCCCCACACGUCUCCACGGACCCCCCUGGGGACCCAGCAGUGGAUGCCGUGCUCCCAGACCCAGUGCGCCAAGCAGAUGCCGUCUGCAGAUCGGAUUUCUCCCACCUUCGCUGCGCUGCUGUCCAUCAGGAGGGGAUGAGACUGGAGGUAAUUGCACAAAACUUCUCUCCCGCCGUACAGCUCCAACUCCUGAAUUUUGAACCCUCCUCUCUGCAGUUACCGUGGUCUCUUCGUUGUUCCCUAGAGUGAGGUGGGCAUGCAUUUAACUCCUGGCCGUGCCUAGGAUCAAGGCAGCAUCGGUGCUGCCUGCCCGCAGCCGGACCCGCUCCUGCAGCCGGACCCAGGGGCCCCCCAGCUCCCAGCUGGGAAAGGACCCUGCUGUCAGGAGGCACAUGGGAGCUGAAGGGAGGACACCGGUGGUUGGAUGCUCCAGAGGAGACAAGCUUGAGAAUAACCAGGAUCCCUGCCUUUCCCCCCUCUUCUAAGUCCUCUUCACCACCAGUGGGCCUGGCCCCUCUGCUGUGGCCAUGGAAAACUCCUCACUUCCAGAGCUCAAUUUCUCCUGUGCAUCUCAGCCUGCAGACUGCGAAGGGAGAGGGGAUGAGGGGCUGAAUAUGCCCCCUCCCCUGCUGAGUCCCAGCUUCUAUGUCACUGUGCCUGUCAUUUACUCCAUCAUCUGUGCUGUGGGGCUGACAGGUAACACUGCUGUCAUCUAUGUAAUCCUCAAAGCCCCAAAGAUGAAGACAGUCACCAACAUCUUCAUCCUCAACUUAGCCAUUGCUGAUGAGCUCUUUACGUUGGUGCUGCCCAUCAACAUUGCUGACUACCUGCUCCUGCAGUGGCCCUUUGGAGAGUUCAUGUGCAAGCUCAUCAUCUCAAUAGACCAGUACAACAUCUUCUCCAGCAUCUACUUCCUCACCAUCAUGAGCAUUGACCGCUACCUUGUUGUGGUGGCCACCACCAAGUCCAGGAAGAUGUCUUACCGCACCUACCGAGCAGCCAAGAUUGUGAGCUUCUGCGUCUGGUCCUUCGUCACAGUUAUCAUCCUGCCCUUCACUGUCUUUGCUAAGAUACACAAGGAGCAGGGGCGCUCCCAAUGUGUCUUUGUGUUCCCCCACCCUGAGAGCAUGUGGUGGAAAGGCAGUCGGAUCUACACCCUUAUCUUAGGCUUUGCUAUCCCAGUGUCCACCAUCUGCAUCCUCUACACCAUCAUGCUGUGCAGACUGAGACGUGUGCGUCUCCACAGCAAUGCCAAAGCCCUGGACAAAGCCAAAAAGAAAGUGACACUGAUGGUGGUUGUCAUCCUGGCUGUGUGCCUGUUCUGCUGGACACCCUAUCACCUUAGCACGGUGGUGGCCCUCACCACAGACAUCCCACAAACUCCUCUGAUCAUUGGGAUUUCCUACUUUAUCACUAGCUUGAGUUAUGCCAACAGCUGCUUUAACCCUUUCCUGUAUGCCUUUUUAGAUGACAGUUUCCGGAGGAGCUUUCGCAAACUGAUAGACUGCAGAACCACCUCAUAGAGCCAACACCAUUCCCUCUCGUGUCCCUUGCACUGUCAUCUGCUCCUCCUGAGUAUCACAGGAGCCCAGAGGCUGCUUAUGCUCCGUCCUCUGUGUGAUGGUCCACAGUGCUUCAGGUUGUCUCACUACUUGGAACACAAACUGGGGACAGAUGGGUCAUUCUUAACUCUCCUGUACCUAUUUCCUCAGCAUUGCUCUCCAUCUCUUUCACUAACACGUUUUCGUCCUUCUCUCUAAUGUGUUUUAUGUCCUAGGGCUGUAGCUCACAGAGCCGCAGCAGAUUCCUUUUCCUUUUAAUAGGGUGCUGCUUGCUGAACUCAUACCACAUGACUGUCUCUGUUACUGGAGAUUUGUAAAGCCAAAUAAAGGUGUGUUGUUGGGUGUCUUGCUUAA